UUGGUUAAUGAAUGAGGAAAAUUGAUCAGAUAUACUGGAGUAGCUGACUCUUGAAUGGAUACCACAUUUUUAUGAUUAUGAUGAUGAUAAGUCUGAGAGCUGACAUAUUGUGAAUGUAUGUGCAAAAAAACAUGAUAUUUGAGGGAUAAUCGUGUUAUAAUAGUAAUGAUGGUGUUAAGUCUAGUUUCUCUUUUCAUUUAGUUGCCAACUAUGCUUUGUUUAGAGCUGCACCACUGGUACUGUGACAAAUAUGGAUGGUGAACCAUGAGUUAAAGAAACAUGUUAGUGGAUAUGACAACUAUCUCAACUUGUGGUUGAGGGUGUGGAGGAUGGUAUUAGAAAUAGACUUGUGUACUUUUAUACAUACACACAUUUGCUAUUAAUGUCUAUGCUUGGGGAUUUUAUGCACAACGUUUUCAGACAUGUAUGUGAGACCUUUCUGAAGAACACAAUAAACUUUUCCAAGGCUAGUGCAUGAAUUGUUCUCCCAAAGCCAAAAGACUAACCAGCAUAAUGGAAAACUGUUCCAGUGUCUUGAGUCCACUGUUGGAGAAAUAUUACCUCUCACCAAUGUACGGUCUGGAAUUUACCAUCGGCUUCAUCGGAAACCUAGUGGUGGUCCUAGGCUAUAUCUUUUGCCUCCCUGCUUGGAAGUCCACUAACGUGUACCUGUUUAACCUGUCUGUGUCUGACCUCGUCUUCCUGUGCACUUUACCUGAGCUGUCCUAUAACUACGCUCACAACCUGAAGAAAUUCAAUACUGCACUCUGCAUGAUAAAUCGUUAUAUCCUCCAUGUGAACCUGUACUCCAGCAUCCUUUUCAUGAUGUGGGUAAGUGUGGACCGGUUCUUACUGAUAUGUCACCCACAUCGACAACACAUCCUGUUGACUCUCAAGGCCUCGCUGUGCAUCACCAUCCUGAACUGGAUCUGGGUGACUGUUCAAAUCUCUCCUCUCAUCGUCUUCAUUAUCACAGACUUGGAGCAAAAUAACUGGACAGUGUGUCGUGAUUUUGCGAGUCUGGGAAAUCCCCAAGUUAUUCUGAUGUACAGCAUAAUUCUCACUAUAAGUGGAUAUGUGAUUCCCCUUAUAGGUUUGUUUCUGUCAUCACAAAAGAUGGUUUCUGUUCUCAUUAAAAGAGAGGAGAUGUGUGGGACAUCAUUCCAAAGGCCAGUAAGGGUUGUGAGGUCUGCAGCAAUCAUGUUCCUGGUGCUCUACACACCUCUCCAUGUCAUGAGGAUUGUCCGUAUUGUGUCUCGGCUUCCUGAAUUAAAUUUGUCACAGUGUGUUGUAGACUACAUCAACGGGGCUUACAUAGUGACACGGCCAAUUGGAUUUGCACAGAGUGCCAUCAACCCUGUGUUUUACUUCCUCAUGACAGACAGUUUUAAAGAAGCUCUGCAGGCCAAAUGGAGGCAGAUUAAAAGUAUGAUAAUGAAACAAGUCUGACCCAGACAAAGACAGCACUUAUUAUAAUUGCUUUGCUCUCCAAUACUGUGCUGUACAGAGUUUUUUGCUGACGUGCCAGUAGAGGGCGCUAUUAUUUCACUA